AUGAAUCCAUCUUGUUUUCUUUAUCAUAAUUAUGCGGUUAAAUGUCGUAACCCUGGAAAGUACAAUUUGAAUAGUACUGAAAUCAUUUCCAACUGGGGAUACACAGCUGAGGAGUAUAAUAUCUACACCAAAGACGGAUACCAGAUCUCUGUAAUUCGAGCUUAUAAGAACAUCACUCGUAGAACCCCUAUCGUUAUGGGACAUGGUAUCCUGGUCAAUGCUCUGUCUUGGGUUUAUAGAAAAAAUAAGUCAUUGGCGUUCCAUUUAGGUGAAAGAGGUUACGAUGUAUGGAUGAUAAAUUUCAGAGGAACAAUUUACAGCACAGACCACAAAUUUUUUAGAAACAAUGAAAGGAAAUAUUGGAGUUUCAGCUUCCAUGAGAUGGGUGUUUAUGAUAUCGCUUCGACUCUAGAUUUGGUAGUGGCAAAAACGAAAAAGAAGUCUAUUUAUUUAGGGUUCUCUCAGGGAUCUACAGCCAGUUAUGUGUAUGGUACCAAACUACCGGAUCUAGCACAGAAGAAUUUGAAGGCAAUUAUUUCAAUAGGCCCAGUUGCAUAUUUGAAUCAUAUUAGGUUUUAUGUGAAAAUUCUAGCGAAGUUCACAGAUCUCUUGAAAAAAAUAGGAUACCUACUUUUACACGGCAGAAUUCCAUUGCCUACAUCACUUCUGUAUAAUUUUUGUGGGCUUUAUGCCUGGCAGUUACAUUCCUGUGCAAUACUCAGGAGCUACUUAUUUGGAAAUGAUUUGGAACAAGUGGAUGUGUUGUAUUAUCGACUCAUUCUCCUCCUUCUGGGAGAUUCUACUGGAGUAGAUGUUUUGGUUCAUUACGCCCAGAUACUAGAAUCAGGAGAGUUUCGUGAACAAAGUUUCGGAGUGACUUCCAACUUAGAGAGAUAUGGCCAGGAGACUCCACCCCACUACAAUUUAUCUCGAAUUCCUGUUCCUGUAUUUCUAAUCGCUGGAAAGAAAGAUGACAUAGCGAGCGCCGAAGAUGCUAAGCUUAUCUACUCCCAACUAAAUGAUAGAAGCAAAAGUGGGAUCCAUAUCCUAGAAUACGAGAAGUUUGCUCACAAUGAUUUCAUCGAGUCUACAAAUGUGAGAGAUUUACUCUAUGGUACACUUCAGGAGGCUGUAGACAAAUUUGAAUAUUCAUGAUGUGAUUGAACGACCAUUGUGCGUUGAAAGUUCCUCUUAUAUUUUGAAUAAAUAUAUAUUUU